AAUUCCAGUCCUGACUCCUGAGUCCUGACUGCCCAAUAAAAAUGGGUAGCGACAAUUGAUACCAAGAAGGCCAGAACUCAGAAGUCCAGUCUCCAAAGUCCAGACUCGUUUUCACAUUAUUUUAAGCAAAACUGCUAAACAUCCCUGCUAGAUUGUAGAGCACUAGAAUGUGGAUAAACUAAUGUGAAAAAUAGGGUUCUUUGUUCUUACUUCUUACCCAUUUGUAAUCACUAAUCAGUUGUGUAUGGGUUUAGAGUGGGAACACUGAUGGAAGUUCCAUAUUGGGUUUUAGAACAAAAUCUUCGUGGGGUUUUCUUGGAUUCUUGUUCUUUUGUAUUCUGUGAGUUUGUGUCUGUCUGAAGUGAGUAGCUCCUUGGAUGUAGAGGCCUAUUACUUCAAGUGUUUUGAUGGGUUUAAAAGGUCGAUAACUCUGAUCAGUUGACAGGUUUGUUUCUAGAGCUCAAAAUUUCAGUGAAGUUUAAGAAGGUUGUGGCUAUUGUUCCUCCCUCUUUAUUAUUUGCCUUUUCUAUUACUAUCAGUGGAUAGAAAAAUACUAUUUUGAAGCUCUAGGUAGAAAACUUGCUAGGCCAGAUGAUGCCUGAACAAUGGCUAGGAGGCAGUAUGGUUUUUCUCCUACUCGUCAUGUUUUUCAAUGCAUCAGGUGCAUUUGUGGGAAUAAACAUUGGCACAGCUGUCACAGACUUGCCAUCAGCUGCAGAUGUGGUGGCAAUGCUUAAAGCUAAUCAAAUCACUCAUGUUCGCCUCUAUGAUGCGGAUGGUCACAUGCUAAAUGCCCUUGCAGGCACUGGUGUUGAAGUCAUGGUGGGUGUGACGAAUGAGGAGGUUCUGGGGAUUGGAGAAUCACCAUCAGCAGCAGCAGCUUGGGUCAAUAAGAAUGUUGCAUCUUACUUACCAGAAACCAAUAUCACGGCAAUUGCUGUUGGUAGUGAGGUCCUGACUUCAAUACCCAAUGCUGCUCCUGUUCUAGUCCGAGCCAUGAACUACCUUCACCAUGCUCUUUUGGCUUCUAACCUCAAUUUUCAGGUCAAAGUUUCAAGUCCCCAGUCAAUGGACAUGAUCCCUAGGCCUUUUCCCCCUUCCACUGCCACCUUUAAUUCCACAUGGAACUCUACCAUGUACCAGUUUCUCCAAUUUUUGAAGAACACAGGAUCAUUUUACAUGUUAAAUGCCUACCCCUAUUAUGGUUACACCAGAGGAAAUGGUAUCUUUCCAAUUGAUUAUGCACUUUUUCGGCCACUUUCUUUGACCAAACAGAUUGUUGACCCAAACACCCUUUUCCAGUACCCCAGUAUGUUUGAAUCUAUGGUUGAUGCAACUUAUUACUCCAUGGGAGCUCUCAAUUUUUCUGGGAUUCCAAUCAUUGUGACAGAAUCAGGUUGGCCAUGGUUUGGUGGAGCCAAUGAACCUGAUGCAACUGCAGAUAAUGCACAGACCUACAACAACAACUUGAUUCGUCGAGUGCUUAAUGAUUUGGGCCCCCCUAGCCAACCAACUAUACCCAUCAGGACAUACGUCUAUGAGCUAUUCAAUGAGGACAAAAGGCCUGGGUCUAUAUCUGAGAAAAACUGGGGUUUGUUUUUCACAAAUGGAACAUCUGUGUAUCCUUUAAGCUUUGGUACUUCAGAUCGCGUUGUGGGGAACUCUUCUGGGGUGGGGGUUUUCUGUGUGGCAAAACCGGAUGCUGAUUCAAGUUUAUUGCAGUCCGGUCUAAACUGGGCUUGUGGGGAGGGACAAGCUAAUUGCAGUGCCAUUCAAGAGGGGCAGCCAUGCUAUGAACCUAACAAUCUCCAGAGUCAUGCUUCUUAUGCUUACAAUGAUUAUUUUCACAAAAUGCAGAGUGCUGGGGCAACCUGUGAUUUUGGUCGUACAGCCAUAACUACCACUGUUGAUCCCAGCCACAGUUCAUGUGUUUUCAUGGGAAGUUCCGGUUCAAAUACAAGUGGGUUAUUCACGCCUCCAUCAGCAUUUGGACCCACAGGCCUCAUGGGGUCGAGCUCCAUGCUUCAAGUUCCCAGGAUAGUCUUUCUGAUUCCGGCAAUACUUGCUAUAAUUGGAUUUUGAAGGGAAAAUCUAUUCAAUUUUUGCAUCAGCUUGUGCAGUUUAAGGCAGUGCUAUUGAGGCUGCAGUCCUGUAAAGAGUUGAAGGAGAUCAAUUAGUUUGACAACGCCCAACCUUGUAGAAUGUUCAUUAAUUUCUCUUUUUCUUUUCAUCCACUUGGUUCAAUUUGUAUACAUCUUGAACCAGUUGGUAGGCUUUGUGAUUUUUUUUUCUUUGAUGUUGAAAAUUAAUAUUAGAAAGCAAUCUCUUGAUGACUGUGGAUGUAGAAACCAUGAAUUCAUGUAGUUGGUCAUCCAAAUUUAUAUUUAUUGACAGAUGUUGCUCAUCAGUCAUC